AUGUCCGCGUUCUCCAGACCAGAAUCGUCCACAACACCCCGCAGAUUACCAGCGACUCCCCCAGAGUCAGUCCAAGCAAAGCGGAUAUCACGUCCCCUUCCUAAAAUUCCCCGUGCACUUAUUCCCCCAGACUCGCGCACCUUUAGAGGCUUUUCGGGCAAAGCGUCCUUAUUUACUGAGACCCAAAAUGUUUUCCUGGCCAAAGCUGGAGUCCAACUCAUGGCCACUGGCGCCCACACAAUGCAAGAAAUUACUUGCGCCAAUUGUUCAUUCUAUCUCGGUUGGAAAAUCGUUCGUGCCCAUGAAAGUUCGGAGUCGUGGAAGGAUGGCCAUUCCCUUCUAGAACUCGAAAAUCUCUUUCUCCAAUCCGACUUGACCGGCUCGCUCAGCAUCCCUCCUCCAAAUCCCAGACGUACAUCAACAGGUUCCAAUUCGGACACGUCUGAUUCCAGUUUCUGA